CGUUUGUGUUUGCUUCUUUCGUCGGCAGUUUCAGUUGUGCCGCGACAACAACCGUUCGAGCGAGCAAGAAGCCAUAUUAUAUCCUUUGCUGCUGCUGCUGCUGCUGCAUCCGCCAUCAACGCCACACAGCAACAACAACACCGAUUCCAGCGACCGCUGCGUUCGUGCGCUGCCUCAAGCUUGUCACGCGUGUGACUUGAUCCGCUACAACCCCCCCAACCAUGAGUGACAACAAGAAGGACAAAGAUGAUGCACCCGACGUGCCCUCUCGCACCGAUGGAACAUACAAACGCAGGCGCCGUGGCCCCGACGUUGCGCACCGCCUGCCCAAAGUGACGCCGCACACACGGUGCCGCCUCCGCUUGCUGAAGCAAGAGCGCAUCAAGGACUUUCUCCUGUUGGAGGAAGAGUUUAUCCAGAACCAGCAGCGGCUCAAGCCGACAGAGGACAUGGAGAAGGAGGAGCAGACCAAGGUGGAUGACCUGCGCGGGACCCCCAUGAGCGUCGGCAACCUGGAGGAGAUUGUGGACGAGAACCACGCCAUUGUCUCCAGCUCGGUCGGCUCCGAGUACUACGUGGCCAUCAUGUCCUUUGUGGACAAGGACGCGCUCAGCCCAGGCACAACCGUCCUCCUCCACCACAAGGUAUUUUUUGUGUGUGUGUAUGCGUGUGUGUGUGGUUUGGUGUACGUAUGUUGUGUGAAUAGCAUGAACAGCACGAGCAGCGGCGGCGAGCGGGAGAUUCAGCGCACGAUGCUUGAGCUCCUCACCCGUCUCGAUGGUUUCGACAGCAGAGGCGACGUCAAGGUGAUUAUGGCGACGAACCGAAUUGACGCGCUCGACACGGCGCUGAUCCGGCCCGGGCGCAUUGACCGCAAGAUUGAGUUCCCGCUGCCGGACGAGAAGACCAAGCGUCGCAUCUUCUCCAUCCACACAUCCAAGAUGACCGUGUCCGAUGAUGUCGAUCUUGAGGAGUUUGUCAUGUCCAAAGACGACCUCUCUGGCGCUGACAUCAAGGCCAUCUGCACUGAGGCGGGUCUGCUUGCCCUGCGCGAGCGCCGCAUGAAGGUGACGUCAGACGACUUCCGCAAGGCCAAAGAAAACGUCCUCUACCGCAAGCAGGAGGGCGUCCCACAAGGUCUCUACAUCUAAACCGCCACCAUCCAUCCAUCCAUCCAUCCCCCGAUCAUCAUCGACCCUUUGCUCUCGUGCUUGGUUGGGUUGCUUGGCCGUUUACUGUGUCAGAGCGUCGUGUGAAUGCGUUCUUGUUUGUAUUCGCCCUUGAGCGAAUGUGUGCGUGUGUGCGGUGUUGUUACUUGCACGAGCGCGACGCAAACCACAGCAGAGAGCCUGCCGUGAGCAAGUAAAGCAUGAGUGUUGGUGCA